UUUGAGACCAAUCUGGGUCAAGGGAUAGUAUUCCAGGAAAACUCAGCCUUCAGGUCAUCUUUCACCUGAUACACAGUUUAUCUGAAGCUUCUUCAUCUAUAUGCUCAUGUAUAUGUGCAUGUGUCUCCUUCAUCUAUAUGUUCAUGUAUAUGUGCGUGUGUACAUAAUCUGCUCCACCCAUAUGUCCGCCCCAAAGACAGCUUCCCACCUCUCACCCAAGUUGAAAAACACUGUAUGAUCUGAUUUGUGUGUAUGAUUUGCCGUCUAAAUGGUGGUGCCAUGGCACAACACCACUAUUGCAGUGUUUUGUGUCACACACAUGGUGGGCAGCCUGGAAGCAACGGCAAAAAACAGGAAAGGAGGAGUAGUACACCGGCGUUUGCCUAUACUUUCAGUGGUCAGCUGGUAAUGUUUUGGUGUAAGGGGGGUAGGGGCGACAGCGGACCAGUAGCGAGCUCGUUGGCUUCACAUUCCUGAAGUCACGCUCAUUCCUCCUAUUAUACCAUGUGUUUAUCGCUACAAUAUAAAUAAAAGAAAGAAAAUAGUUUACAUUUUCUGUUAUGGAUCACCUGAAGAUCCGCCACCCCAGCCGCACUCGGGGUGGCAGAUCUUCAGGUGAGACAAUCUGGGGUGGCGGAUCUUCAGGUGAUCCCUGUGGGGUGGCGGAUCUUCAGGUGAUCCUCUGUUAUACAUCGUUCCCAAGUAAAUUUUGUACGGUGUGGAUACUUUUUCCUUGUAGAUAACAAGCCAGAGUACGGUGUAGAUAUUUUCCGUGUGGGUAGCCAGCCUAAGUAGCGCCGCAAAGACAUCCAAGCGGAUUAGGGCACAGCCAGUGUAGAGUUAUAUGGAACAUGUUGCCUGAGGUUGUUGUAUCGUAUGCCGAAGUCUGUAAGCACAUGCUCAAGUGCAGUGGGAGUACAUCAUUCAUGAUGUAACGCCUCAGAACUAGACAUCACUUUAAAUAUGCAAGUCUGUCCACGAUAAUCACCCCCGCCAUAUUCUAUAUGAAUUCCAGAAUCACUAAACAAAUACAACAAGAAGAUAAAAAAAAUACAAGAUAUUUUGAUCAAUAUUAACAAGCACUGAAACAUCAGAAUACCAAAAAAUAAAUAAAUAAAUUGAUAAAUAAAUAACUAGGCUCGUACUCUUAAGAUGGCGUCGUCCCCCUGGCGGCCAGCGGAGGAAACUCAUUCAAAAACAAAGCAUGGCGCCGAGGAGGAGACACCGCAGCGACUCUCCCAAAACUCCGGACAAUUUCGAGUACCUUAGGAGCCUCGGUGAAUUCAAAAAGACCAUCAGGCGGCGAGACACACUCAAGUCCUUCAAAUCCAGCAAGGUGAGAGGAGCGCCAAGUGUUCAAUUAAGACAGAAGAGGCAGAUAUAUGAGCGUGUGCCAGGCAGAGUCCAGCCUGCACGCCCUGCUCACCGCCAACCAAUCUUGUCGUGUCCGGCUUCACCGAGGGUCCCUGCAGGACUGGCCGUGGCGUGUGCUGGCGGGAGUGGUGCUGCGGUGGAGGCCGUGGGGCGGGGCAGCAGCAUGAGUGGCCGGCAGGAGCAGCAGCAGCAGCAGCAGUCAGCCUCAAGUGUGGGGAGGAGAAGGCGUGGUGGUAAGAAUCACCUGGAGACAGGCAGCUCUGUCCACAGAGGAGAGAGCAAGUUUGAGUGCCAGCAGUGUGACAGAACUUUUGUAUCUAGAGGUGGCCUGAAGUACCACUCUCUGACACACAGUGGUGUUAGAAAUUAUGAGUGUGAUGAGUGUGGCAAGAAAUUUACCCAAAAGUCUUCCCUCACCACACACACCCUGACACACAGUGGUGUUAGAAAUUAUGAGUGUGAUGACUGUGGGAAGAAAUUUACCCACAAGUCUUCCCUCACCAAACACACCCUGACACACAGUGGUGUUAGAAAUUAUGAGUGUGAUGACUGUGGGAAGAAAUUUACCCAAAAGUCUUCCCUCACCACACACACCCUGACACACAGUGGUGUUAGAAAUUAUGAGUGUGAUGAGUGUGGCAAGAAAUUUACCCAAAAGUCUUCCCUCACCACACACACCCUGACACACAGUGGUGUUAGAAAUUAUGAGUGUGAUGACUGUGGGAAGAAAUUUACCCACAAGUCUUCCCUCACCACACACACACUGACACACAGUGGUGUUAGAAAUUAUGAGUGUGAUGAGUGUGGGAGGAAAUUUGCCCAAAAAUCUAACCUCACCACACACACCCUGACACACAGUGGUGUUAGAAAUUAUGAGUGUGAUGACUGUGGGAAGAAAUUUACCCAAAAGUCUUCCCUCAUUGCACACACCCUGACACACAGUGGUGUUAGAAAUUAUGAGUGUGAUGAGUGUGGCAAGAGAUUUCCUACAAUUUCUCGUCUGAAUGGUCACGCCUUCAGACACACUGGGGUGAGGGAGUUUGAGUGUGAUGUUUGUGGCAAGUGGUUCAAGACAAAGGGUGAGAUUGCAGUGCACAUGAGGGUACACUUCCGAGGUGGUGUCUUGUAAUGCUACAGUUUAUACAAGUGUGUUUUAUCAUUUUUUUUAUUUACUUUUCUCACUAAGGAUUGCUUUUUUGUUAUGUUGAGGGAGCAGCAAGAGUUUGGAGGAUCAGACAAACAACAAGAGAUUCAACAAUUUGGCUUGUCUUCUAAUGUUAUAGUGUAAGCCAGUCUCUAUUUUGUCAUUUUCAGUUUGUGUUAAUACUUUUCCUUUAACAUACCUGCCUUCUCCCUCCCCUGUGACACCCUCUCCCCCAUCCCCCUCUCUUUAUAGCUCCCUUUCCUCUACAUUUACAACAGCUGUGUGACCGCUGGUGUCUGGCUCGCUUGCCUCUGAACAGAAGCUGUGCAUAAUUACCUGAGAAACUGGAGUGUAAAUGAAAUGAUUAAUGUUGAAAGGUAUAAAGAGAGGGAAAAGAUUAAAAGACGUUAAGGAAAAUGAAAUGAUUAAUUGUGAGGAGUAUAAAGUGAGGGAAGAGAUGAAAAGAAGCUAGGAAAGAAAUUAAUUGUCAAAAGUGUAAAGAGAGAGAAAAGAUGAAAAAAAAAAAGUUAAGAAAAAUGAUAUGAUUAUUUGUCAGAAGUAUAAAGACAGGGAAAAAUGUGUUAGUUAAUGAAGAAAAGUUAAAUAGUGAAAACAUUGUCAAAAAUAGAGAAACAAAAGGCAAAAUAAAUAGAUGAAUAAAAAUUAAACAGUGAAAAUGGUGCCCCCCCCCCCAAAAAAAAAAGAAAAAGGAGAUCAACAAAUAAAGAAAAGUUGAAAGAUGGAAUGAUUAAUUGCCAAGAAUAUAAAGAGUGAAAGCAAGUGAUAAUAAUCAGUAAAAAAAGUGAAAAAAAAAAAA